UACACCAACCCAGCCUAAGAACUACCUCCAAGAACACACUGUCUGCUCUCAGAUUGGGUUCCUUAGUUAUGCAUCUUCAGUGGUGUUGAAUGACUUACCAUCACAUUGUAAGAUGGUUUCUCUGCAAAGGAAAGACCUGCAGGCACGGAUUCUCAGCUCAGAAGAAGAGGAGAAACUGAAAAGAGACCAGAUCGUAGUAUCUGAUUUUAAACAGCAAAAGUUGGAGAAAGAGGUGCAGAAGAAUUGGGAUCUUUUUUACAAGAGAAAUAGUACUAAUUUUUUCAAAGAUCGACACUGGACCACCAGAGAGUUUGAGGAGCUAAGAUCGUGUAGGGAGUUUGCAGAUCAAAAGUUGAUUAUACUUGAAGCUGGCUGUGGUGUUGGUAAUUGUUUAUUCCCUCUUUUGGAAGAAGAUCCCAAUAUCUUUGCCUAUGCCUGUGAUUUUUCUCCAAGAGCAGUAGAGUAUGUCAAGCAGAAUCCUCUCUACAGCACCGAAAGAUGCAGGGCAUUCCACUGUGACCUGACGAAAGACGACCUUCCGGAGCACGUCCCCCCGGAUUCAGUGGAUGUGGUUACGCUGAUAUUUGUGCUCUCAGCUGUGCACCCAGAGAAGAUGCCCCGUGUCUUACAGAACAUUUACAAGGUACUGAAACCAGGUAAAAGUGUUGUUUCGCGACUAUGGGCUCAAUGACCACGCCAUGCUCAGGUUUAAAGCCGGCAGCAAGCUUGGAGAGAAUUUCUACGUGCGCCAGGACGGAACCAGAUCAUAUUUUUUCACUGCCGAAUUCCUGGCACGACUCUUCAGGGAUGCAGAUUAUGAAGAAGUGGUGAACGA